AUGCCAAAUGUGGACCAAAUCAAUGAAUUGCUGCACAAGUAUGGACCUACUGUCUACUUCCAUCCAGAUGAAAAGUACAUGCCUUCAUCAGUGGAGUGGUUUUUCCAGAAUGGGGCACUCUUGUACAGCAAGGAAUCUGCAGUAGGAGCACAACCCAUAGAGGCCAAUGGCUCAAAUCUUCCCCAGGGAGGUGAUCCAAAUGAUGGGAGCUACUGGCUGGAUUUGCCUAAGGAUGGUGCAGCUGCCUCAAGGGUCAAACAGGGAGAUCUACAGAGUUCUGAAGCUUAUGUGCAUAUUAAACCCAUGUUGGGAGGGACAUGUAGUGACCUAGCAAUGUGGUUAUUUUAUCCUUUCAAUGGUCCUAGGAGCCUCAAGGUGCAGUUGUUUCAUAAUAUAAGUCUGGGUAGAAUAGGGCAGCAUGUGGGUGAUUGGGAGCAUUUUACUCUCAGAAUCAAUAACCUCACAGGCAAGUUAUGGAGAGUUUAUAUGUCACAGCACAGCAGUGGGCAAUGGUUGGACACCUCGGAGCUGGAAUACAGUGAAGGAAGUAGCGAUAGAGCUGUUAUCUAUUCUAGCAAGGAUGGCCAUGCAAGUUAUCCUAAAGAAGGAGACUUCCUUCAAGGGAAUACAAAGCUUCAAAUUGGUCUAAGGAAUGAUACAAAGAGAAGCAAAUAUUUUUUAGACACAAGUAUGAAAUUUCAAAUCAUAUCAGCAGAUUACAUUCAGCCUCAACCUCUGCAAGAGCCUCCAUGGCUGCAAUAUAUGAGAAACUGGGGACCUACUGUUGUUUAUGAUACAAGAGCAGAGCUAGACAGAGCAUUGAAGAUCCUGCCAUCUAAACUGAGAUAUUCUGUAGAGGAUUUCUUCAAUAAAGAUAUGCCUGAAGAACUUUCUGGUGAGAAGGGACCUAGUGGACCCAAAGCUAAAGAAAGUUGGGAAGGUGAUGAAGAGGAAAAAGCAUAA